GAAAGAGGUGUGGCUGAGCAGAGGAGCUGAAUAAAAGGAAAAGCAGAAAAGCUUUAGUUUCCACUGUGAAUGAGCACAUGGAGAUGGACUCAGCCCUCGUCCCGCAGCCUCGCGGCAGCCUGCCCCGGGCCUGCGGCGUGGCGCUCUUCGCCGUGGCGGUCGGCUGCUUCGUGUUUCUGUUUCCGGAGAACGUGCUCGGCUGGGUCGCCAUGGCGAUGCUCGCGCUGGCCCUCGGCCGCCUGCUGUACGGGACCUGUCUGCUGGUCGAGGAGAUGCUGUUCCACUCAAACACACGGUAUCGCGGUAAGACGCUGCUGAAGCACACGCUCCCGGCCUGUGGCCUGGGCGGCCGGACGCUGCUGGCCGCGGCGCUGGCCGGCCUCCUGCAGUCGCUCACCGGACAGCCGCUGUCUGACGAAGGCCAGUACUGGAAGCUGCUCUGCAUGUCCUCAGUGGUCUACGCUCUGCUGAAGAGUCUGGGAGUCCUGGGCCCCUCGGAUGUGGAGGUGUCGGAUAUCUGCGAGGGGAGGAAGAUGAACGUGGCUCACGGCCUGGCCUGGUCCUUCUACCUGGGAUACCUGCAGCUGGUGCUGCCACGUCUGGAGGACUCCAUCAUGCAGUUUCGCGGCACCCAUCAGUCCUCCAGUCCCUUCUGGAGCCGCGGCUCCUACAAGCUCCUCAUCCUCGUCCCCCUCAACACCAACAUCGCCAACAAGCUGGAGUCCGAGGACAGCAACAUCCGUUUCUACGACAACCUGCCGGAGACCGUGAUCGACAGGGCCGGGGUCCGGCGCCGGGUCUACAAGCACAGCGUCUACCGAGUGCAGGACGGGAAGGGGAAGCCCCAUGACUUCGUGGCGGAGUACGCCACCCCUCUGCUGACCCUCUACAACAUGUCCCACGAGAGCAGCGCCGGCUUCGGGGAGGCCGAGCGCCGGCACCAGGUCCUGCUCUUCUACCGGACCCUGCAGGACAUCCUGGACCGGUCGCUGGAGUGCCGCAACCGCUACACACUCAUCCUGCUCAACGACGAGCACGAGGAAGACCCUCACUUCCUGUCCAAGACCAUCCUCAGAUACCUGAACCAGCAGGAGAAGGAGGAGUUCUGCCUCAGCCCGCCUCCUCGCCCGGAGUCCCAAAACCACAGUACCGGCGGCGGCGGCGGCGGGUGCCGGGUCCCGCCGAGCGCCCCGCCCAUGGACACGGCAGCGUUCUGCUCGGAGCCGCUCAGCAGGGAGCCCACGCUCAUGUUCAGCCUGGACCAGCCCCAGCCGCUGAAGGAGGCCGAGGAGAACAGCCACUACUAGACUGGAGGCGCGCCGCUCUGUUACUGGAUUCUCAUGUUAGGAACGGGGGACAAAAAGUGUGUGUGUGUGUGUGUGUGUGUGUGUGUGUGUGUGUGUGUGUGUGUGUGUGUGUGUGUGUGUGUGUGUUCUAUGUCAAUUAAAUAAAAGCUGACGGUGAUGUUUGUUCGUGUCGAUCUGAUGUCUUCGGUGACAGAAAUAAAACAUGAACUCUGGAAAAAUAAACCAUGAAGACAGAAC